AUGGGCUCUGCUUCCUUCUUGACAAGGGUCCGGCGUCUGCUCCGAAUUCGGAACCCGAUACGGGAAUGCCUGGCUGAGCUGCUCUCCACCUUUGUCCUCAUUACAAUCACCCUGAGCGCUGCCGCACAGAAGGUCACCAGCGAAGAGACAAAGGGGGACAUCCUCACCGGCUUCUUGGGAGGUGCCCUGGCUGUCAUGGUGGGCAUCUACAUAGCAGGGGGAAUCUCAGGGGGCCCACUGAACCCGGCGUUCUCCCUCGCCAUGUGCCUGACGGAGCAGUUCCCCUGGUGGAAGUUUCCCAUCUUCAUGCUCGUGGAGACCCUUGGCUCUUUCCUAUCUGCCGGAGUUGUCUACAUCCUCUACUACGAUGCCAUCUGGCACUACAGCAAUGGCAACCUUACCGUGUCCGGCCCCCGGGAAACCGCCUCCAUCUUCGCCACCUACCCAGCUGACUACGUGUCUGUCGCCAAUGGCUUCUUGGACCAGGUGAUUGGCACAGGGGUGCUGCUAGUGGGCGUCAUGGGUGUCAUGGACAACCGCAACAAGGGUGUCCCCAAGGGCCUAGAACCAGUGGUCGUGGCCAUGCUGGUGCUCUCCAUUGAACUCUCCAUGGGCGCCAACUGCGGCUGCCCCCUGAACCCCGCACGAGACAUUGGGCCCCGGCUCUUCACCUACCUGGCAGGCUGGGGCCCAGAGGUCUUCAGCAGGGGCAAUGGGUGGUGGUGGGUGCCCCGUGCACCGCUGCUGGGGUCCGCCGUGGGCACAUACCUGUACCAGCUCUUCGUGGCUUUCCAUUACCCGGAGGAGGACGGCGAUGCCCUGGAAGAGCACGGCUCCAUCGUCCUGGAGAACAAAAACAUUGACCUAGACACUGGGGUGUCAUCCAAGGAGGACACUGGGGGAACAGUGCCUACCGGGUACCCUCCACCACCCCGCAGCAGCAGCACGGUCCCCACUACCAUCCCCCCUCACAUUAUUAAAUGA